CGUAAACAAGCGCAUGCAUGCAUAGUUUCCGCACCGGGGAGGGUGGUCCACAGCCGAUCCAAGACACCCGCGCGGGGUUCCGUAUUGGCUCAAGCUGUUUGGGCUCAAGUCUGCACCAGGAAUCGGGUGCAACCGCUGUUGUCACCUAUUCGCGGAAUUCCUUGCGAAAAGCGUCUUCCAUCAUGGCUAUGCUUCGCGUGCCCGUGACGAUCUUCUUCAUGGCCACGGCGUGGGCGCAGGAGCUCUCGCAGCAGGAGCUCGAACCCGCCCUCGCCGCGGAUGACGAGUGCGCCGACGGCGGCGACACCUGCGUCGUGGAGCUGCUGCAGGCUCGCGCCUCGAAGGACGCCAGGGCGGAACACACGAUCUCCGCCGAGAAGAUCAUCUUGGAGGCCGGCUCGCAGCAGCUCCUGCAGCAGAACGCCACCGCCAACGCCACGGCCAACGCAUCGCAGCCGCCCUGCAGGGGUAUCAACGAGGCCUGCUGGAUCAACAACGACUGCUGCUCCGCGCGAUGCGGGCUCACCCGUCGUUGCCGGCCAGUGCGCUAGGGCACUCCUGUUCGCCUCCCCGUGAGCGAAGCAUCAUCAUUCGCGCGGAGUUGUCCAUCCUGGCCUUCGAUCAAGAUUGGCAGCCGUCGCAGCAUCUCGAGAA